GUCCAAGCAAGCUAGAAACAAUAUAUUGUGCUUCAUUCCAAGAGUGAAGAAGAGCCGUAUGAAAUUCUCCAUCCAAGCCGUGUUCGCCCUGCUGGCUACGGCAUCACCAUGGGCUUCCCACACGGGAGUAGAAGCCAUGCCAAAGCCAGAGAUACAAGCUGCCGAAAAUGCCGAAAAGGUUUGUACCUACGAUUACACCCUCGUCCAGCGCGUGGGUGGCACUACACACAAUGGACUCCCAAUCAAAAUCUUGCGCCAGGCAGGAACCGUCGACGGGACGGUCGAUUUCAUCAUCGGAAACACCUGGAAGACAAACAGUCCAAACGACAGUGUGGAUGCCAUCUACGCCGUUCUUAACGAUGAAGACGACGGAUCCAAGUCAUGCUUUGCCGACACCAAAGUCGAGUCUCGCAAGUCGAUCGACUCCUCCCUGCAGRCUUACUGCUCCAGUGCCGGUGUCGCGCUCGUUCGGCUCUUUAUUACCGAUGCGACCCACUUCGCCAAUGAGAAGGACGUGGCUAACGUUCCCCAGGAGUGUCUUGCCGAAGUCGAGGACGGCGUCGGCAUCAACAAAAAUGCACCCGGCGUGGAAUACAUGGCUAUCUUGCAAUGCAACCCCACGUGUGGAAACAACCCUUUCGUUCCCAAYCCCGAUCCCUUUGAGAUUGAUGUUACCAAAGUUCCAACACUGGCUCCGGUCCCGAUUCCGACGCCAGCUCCGGUCCCGCUUCCGACACUAGCUCCGAUYCCGGGCGAUGUUGUAAUGACUGCCUGCCCCAAGAUCGSAGACGAUCCGCUGGUGUUGGGUUCCGAGAACUGGAGCGACGGAACCAUUGCCGAGAUUGAUGUAUUCCAGGGCCAAGACGUCCUUUGUACACUAGUCGAAAUGACCAUCGAAACGUCCCCCAAUGGUGGGACCACUACCUACAGUAAUCUGAAACCCAUCGGUCGAAGUUACAACGGAAACGAUUGGGAAGCCGCGCCGGGAGACUUUGCUACCCUUGCGUUCGAUUGCGCCGCGGGGAGCAAGUGCAGAGUUGCACUCCCCACGCCGCCCCAGGGGCGUUCCUACGUGCUCAAGUCCUAUGAUUACGGCCACGAUCUGACAGAAGAAGACAAAACAGCGCGUUUCCUAGAACGAGCAACGUUUGGUCCGAAUAAAAAGGAGAUUGAAGCCUUUACGAGUCCAAACGAGUGGGUAAGUUUUCGUUUGGCUCGGGAAAUAGUGACCGUUCUUACAAAGCACCUUCACUCACACACUCAAAAACAAUUCUGUGGCCCUAUCCCUCUCACUCUCUCUCUCUCACACACACAAACAUACUCCUACAUAUCCUUGCGUCUCUCUCUCUCUCUCUCUAGAUUGCGGAACAAUUCACAAUGCCACGGACAUCCCACCGGAGAUUCUUUCGCGAAAGAGCAACAGAUUGGUUUCCCUAUACGACACGUCUUGGAUUGGUCCAUACGGGACCGUGUACUUCUGGCAGUCGCUACCGCAACUUUGCCAUGCUCAGAAACGAUCACAAGACAUAUUUAGAAGUUCGGAAAAGUCCUCUGGACAAUAAUAAAUUAAUCUUGACGGCCUACGAAACCGUUGACGGAGUCAAAGGACAAGUCCGCACCGUCGUCGAUGGUCCGAUGCAAUACGGGACUUUCAAAGGGAACGGAGAACUAAAGGACCCUUUGGUCACAAUUCCAAUUGAUCGACAAGGAACUAGGUACGUUUGUGAAAUCCAGUCUCUKGCGUUUGUAUCAUGACAUUCAACAUUGGCAAUGUAUACAUGCAACCGCGCGCACACAUAUCGAAUAUAUUCUGAAUAUUGAAGMAUGCAGCUAACAAUUCGAAACUAUUGGCGUUCUAUUCUUGCAYAUGAUUUCAACCGAAACACAUUGCAGGUUUCAUAUCGGAGGUAUUCGGCCGAUUGAAGGAGUUGGAGGAAGAUUUACUUUAUCGGUUCCAACUGGUMAAGGAAAGAAAAGUAAGACGAUUAUUGGAUUCAUUAUCGAUGUAGAUCGCUCUCUUAUUAGUGACUUCAUAKCCGCCGYCCCGCUAACCAAAUUGUAUGUUCUUUUAAACAUUGAUCAUUUCGCUCUCGAUCAUUCUUAGCUGCGAWCMAAGAUAUCUUUUUCGGGGGUGAAUCUGGAAACCCCCGAGUCCAGUUCGACGACGCGCAUCUUUCUCAUCUCAACAAAGAUAUCGUGACUCUUCCUAAGAAAAAAUACGAGGAAGUCAUGACACAGUACUAUUACGAAGAUAUUUCCAACGUCUUGCAACUGACAUCUGACGUUUCGGGUAGCUAUUGUAAUUCUGUGAAGUCGAAGGUCACAGGCUUCRACUUUCCUGCAGAAGUUGCUAUCGCGAGCACCAAUGUCAGUGGCAACACCCGGUAUUGGCUUCACAGUCCAACGUUCGAUCUCGUGCGCAACGACAUGGAUGCUCCAUUGYUCGAUGGAGGGAAAAAUGCCGUCGACCUUACCGCGAAUCCGCCGGCAGAUAUCGUCGACGACAAWAUCCGGGAUUCGCUUAAAGUYARAUGUUCUAAUGUAGCGAAAACCUUCCUCAACGAAGAAUCUUGCCGAUUGACGCCCSAAGAUGCGUGUUCAUACGACGGACAAGCUGAUAUCGACGGAAAAGGAAUGAUGCUUGUCUGCGGAAGCCCCGACGAGGUAGCAGGCGUCCACGGYUUGGAAGCGGGGACACGCGGAAUGGGUGGAUUCACGAUGAAGUCAGGAGUCAAAAAUGUAGAACCAAGCGGAGCAUACGACGAGCAGAAAAAUACGGUUUGGGCAGAAAUCGCGCUUUACUCCAAAGACCAGCUGGCUCAAAGAAUGGCGUAUGCAUUGAACCAAAUAUUCGUCGUCGCGGACGAAACCGGUCAGAAGGAUGCUGCAGAAAAUUAUCUCAGUUAUUACGACAUGUGAGUACAAAUCAUCUUUCUUUCGAAACCGAAUGCAAUGCGGAUAUAACUUUUCCUCAUUAUCUGUCUCUAUAUUCUGUACCCCUUUGACACGAACCGAUAAUAGUUUCGUGAGAAACGCCUUUGGUAACUAUUUCGACAUCCUUAAGGAAGUCACACGCCAUCCUUUGAUGUCCAAAAUGUUGACCUACAUCAAUGGACAAAGUACUGCAUUCGCUUAUAUCAAGGAUGGAAUUCUUCAACAAGCAGAUGAGAAUUAUGCGAGGUACGAAGUGCUUUAUUUGUAACCCUUGUCUGAGCUAUAGUCAUCAGCAUCCGUUUUUCACUCACAGAACGUCCCUACUUUCUGGUAUCCCUUUUUUCAUUUUGAUAAAUCAGAGAAAUUAUGCAACUUUUCACCAUAGGCCUGGUUGAAAGGAACAAUGACGGAACGCUCAAAUUAGAUGGCGAUGGCAAUGAAAUCUCAACGUACAG